AUGAACAUCGAUCCUAACAACAAUAGAGAAGGAAACUCCACCAACCCCAAACCAGAAAACCCCCCUCCUAAAACCCUCGAAGAAUUGCAAAUGCAAUUGGAAUUCUUGCAAAAGAAAUACGACCAAGACAUCGAAGAAACCACCACCAAAAUCUCUAUCAUGGAUUCGGAAAGAGUAAAGAUAGAAAAAGAGCGUAACAAACUCCAAAAACAACUUAACAGCAUAAAACCACCACGAAUUAGCGACCCAACUAAGUUCAACGGAACGCCUGGAAAACUUGAUCACUUUCUCCAGCAGCUCGACACCCAUUUCCAACUCCAAACCGAACGAUUCCCUGAUGAUAAAACCAAAAUCCUCUUCGCAGGAAUGUACCUUGAAGGUACUAUCCUACAAACUUACAUUACUUACCAACAACAUUGUUCCAAACCCAUUGAGGAGCAAGAAGAACAUGUUGUCAAAGUUAUGACCAACUACGAUGCCUUCACCAAAUUCCUUAAACAGCAGUGUAAAGAAGACGACAAGGACGACAGUAAUCUUUACUACCGAGCAAGAGAAAAACUCAAGACUAAGCUCCAACAGUAUGUCUACAUUCAGGAGAAGGAACGGAAAGAUAAAAACCUCCCUGAUAUGACUCGCAUAGAAAUGCAACAACAUACUAUCGAAAUUGACGAUAUCAAUUUCAAAACUCGCACCAACCAAUCCUCCUAUAACAAUAAAAAGAAGAACAAUAACAACUCCAACAACUUUGGAGGCAAGAAAAAUAAAAAGGAUAACAACGGACAAUAG